GCCAAGGUACAAUAUAAAUAGAGGUUGGAAGUUUUUUUUUUCUGUUCAAAACUCACAUUUUAAAUUGAUACAAAAAAUUGUCUAUUCGAGCCGAAAGAAAUCGCGGAUUAGGGUUUUAGCGUUUCAAGAAAAAAGCGAAAAGAUGAGCAGAAGUUUGGGUAUACCGGUAAAGCUACUCCAUGAAGCCUCCGGUCACGUCGUCACGGUGGAGCUCAAGAGCGGCGAACUCUAUAGAGGUAACAUGAUCGAGUGCGAAGACAACUGGAACUGUCAACUCGAAAGCAUCACUUACACUGCUAAGGAUGGGAAAACAUCACAACUUGAGCAUGUCUUUAUUCGAGGUAGCAAAGUCAGGUUUAUGGUCAUACCGGACAUGUUGAAGAAUGCUCCUAUGUUUAAGCGUUUGGAUGCAAGAAUCAAGGGCAAGGGUGCAUCACUUGGUGUUGGUAGAGGCAGAGCAGUUGCAAUGCGAGCUAAGGCUCAAGCUGCUGGCCGUGGAGCUCCACCUGGUAGGGGUGUACCACCGGUGCGGAGAUGAUCAUCAUCAUAUAGUCUCUAUUUGCAGAGUCUGUUGAACAUGCUAUUUAGUUCUGUUGUAGAAGUUUGUGAUAGAAUGAAAUUCAAAUUUGAACUGCGUAUCAAGAAUUCACACUCUUUUAUGGAUGGAACUGAAUGCCAAAUUUAUUCUCAUCCUGUAAUUUUGUUCAAGUUUCAUAAUUAGUUUAAGAUGGUACCAAGAUAUAUUGUGAGGUGCAUAAGAACAGUUUGACAGCUCUCAAAACCUGUUUAUGUCUGUUUAUGAUAAACUUAUUGACUAGCUAGUGGCACGAAGCAUCCAUUUAUUAAGAAGAACAAAGUAUUAUCAUCA